CUCUCUGAUGACAGAUGAAACAAAAAUGACGGUCGGCUGGGCUGCGCAGAAGAAAAUAAACAUUACGCGGCUAGCGUUGUUUGUGGUUGUUUGACUGCGUUUUCAUACCAAUCCCAUCUGGAUUAUACUUUUCUACAAUUCUCGAAGACUAAAAAACAGUGUUUUGCCGCUAUUAUGUCCAAGUGCUGCUCUAUUCCCGGCUGCCGUUCUCAGUUGCAAAACACCACCCUUUUCAGUGUCAGCGAAUACUCGAGCUUGGCCCAAUGGUGGACUACGACAUCCUGGUACGACGAAAUAAUGGAAGCAUCCCAACCGCGGGACCACAAAAUCUGUAUUCUUCACUUCCGUGAGGAUCAAUUUGACAAAAGCCAAUCUGAGCUGCGCUUGCUUAGUAACAUUAUACCAUCUAUAAAUCUUCCCGGUUCCUUUGUGAUCUCGGCGGUUCAUGAGCAGUUCAAAUUUCCUUUGCCACAAGCAACUGAAUAUGGAACCUUGGUGUUGAUUUACUGUCGUUUCUGCGGAAAAAAGCAAGCAAAUCCACUAAAGAACCAUUUGGAAGAUUUGGUGGAAUCUGAGGACUUAUUGCAGCUAUGUUUAGGGCGAGGUCGCUUUUUGGAAGGUUUUCCUAACGGAGUUUGCGAGCCAUGCAUUCAGACUCUAAAAGUAACGACUAGAUUCAUCAAGAGCUGUGGACAGGCUCAGGAAAAGCUGCAGAAAAUCUUUUUUGGAACAACACAACAAAUGGAGGACUCGUUGGUUAAUGAACAGGGAUAUUCAGAGACGGAAUACUCAUUCGAAAUGCCGGAGGCCAUUGUGUCCUUGAAAGAAGAGGUACUGUCUCCAGAACCGGAAGAAUUCGAAGACGAAAGUUAUGAGUAUCACGAAAUGAAAAAUGAUGAUCCAUUGAAUGAAAGUGAAAAGUACCAAAUACCUAUCGAGAAAGUGAAAAAGCCUAAGAAGCGAGGACAAAAAUCAACUGAUGAGCAGGGAGAAAUCCGGUGCACCAUUUGCGGUCGCACCUUCAACCGCAAGGUGGCACUCCAUGCGCACAUCGAGUCGGUUCACGAGGGAAGAACCUUUGCUUGUCCCAUUUGUGGAAAGGUUAUGGGCUGGCGGAAGACACUACAGCGACAUAUGAAGAGUCACGAGGAGAACUUCCAGAAGCACAAGUGCGAUGUUUGUGGUAAAUCCUUCAGUCGGCCCAGCCAUUUACGGUUGCACAUGGUCAAGCAUACCGGACAAAAGGUCCGUUGCGGUUUGUGCCAGAAUGGAUACCGUGAUAAUUACAAAUUGGGGGAGCAUUUGAUCAAAGCCCAUAAUAUGGAUCAAGAAACGGCCAAGACCUUUGCUCAACAAGCGCAAAAAUGGUGAAGAUGAGAUUUUGAAAAUUCGACCAAUUCAUUCACCUCCACACUAUUUUUUCAUAAACGGAUUUAACAACCAUUCAACAGUCAUAAUGUACUUUUUGUCAUCGACGCCCUUAUCGCUCCUUAUUAUAAGUUCGCAGUGUAAAAAUUUGGCCAAAACUAUGUAAAUCAUUUUGUCGUCUGAAAAU